CCUCUGUGCUCCGCUGUGCUCACCUGUGUGCUCCCCUGUGCUCACCCAUGCUCACCUGUGCUCACCUCUGUGCCCACCCGUGCUCACCUGUGCUCCCCUGUGCCCACCUGUGUGCAGGUGCUGUACCAGCCCAUCCCCUCGGAGCCGGGGCAGCCUCACCUGGACGCGGGGCCGUACCUGCGGGUGCUGGAGGCCAUCGACGGGCGGGUCCCACCUGAGGAGCGCGGGGACGUCCUGGUUUUCCUCAGCGGGGCCGCCGAGAUCCAGCAGGUGCUGGGCCCCGCCCAGGUGUACGCCCGCCACACCCAGCGCUGGGUCGUGCUGCCCCUGCACAGCGGCUUACCUGCCGAGCAGCAGGACAAGGUGUUCCACCUGCCCCCCCCAGGUGUGCGGAAGUGCAUCCUGGCCACCAACAUCGCCGAGACCUCGGUGACCAUCGACGGCAUCCGCUUCGUUGUGGACUCAGGUAAGGUGAAGGAGCUCAGGUACGACGGGCAGGCCAAGGUGCAGCGGCUGCAGGAGUCGUGGAUCAGCCGCGCCAGCGCCGAGCAGCGCAAGGGCCGCGCCGGCCGCACCGGGCCCGGCACCUGCAUCCGCCUCUACUCCCGCGAGCAGCUGCACACCUUCGCCAGGUACCCCCAGCCCGAGAUCCAGAGGGUGGCCCUGGACUCCCUGGUGCUGCAGGUGAAGAGCAUGGGCCUGGGGGACCCGCGGACGUUCCCAUUCCUGGAGGCCCCGCCCCCCGCCAGCCUGGCCACGGCGCUCAGGUACCUGCAGGACCAGGGGGCCCUGGAUGAGCAUGAGAACCUGACCCCCAUCGGGCACCUGUUGGCUCACCUGCCUGUCGACGUAGUGGUGGGUAAGGUGCUGGUCCUGGGCUCCCUGCUUCACCUGUCCGAGCCCACCCUGACGGUGGCGGCCGCCCUGAGCGUCCCCUCCCCCUUCCUGCGCCCCGCCCACAGCGGGCACACCUGGGCCGACGCCCGGCGGCACCUGGAGAGCCCCCACGGGGACCCCCUGACGCUGCUCAACCUCUUCAACCAGUGGCUGCAGGUGAAGGCCGAGCGCCGCGGGAGCUCCCGCCAGUGGUGCCGCCGUCGGGGGGUGGCCGAGCACCGGCUCUACGAGAUCGCCGACCUGCGGCGCCAGUUCCAGGAGCUGCUGCAGGAGCACGAGCUGCUGGAGGAAGGUUCCGGAAGGUCCGAGCAGCGCCGGGCGGGGCGGCGGGAGCGGCACCUGCUGAGCCACGCCCAACGCGCAGGUGAGCGGCACCCGCAGGUGCUGCGGCUGCACCUGCACGACGAGGAGGAGGAGGAGGAGGAGGAAGAGGACACCUGGGAGAAGGGCGGCGUCGACAUCCGGGACGUCCGGUUCCAGCUGCGCCACGACCCUUCGGAGCUGCGGCUCACCUGUGGGGCUCACCUGGCCCCGCCCCAGGUGGCCCUGCUGGGGCUGGUGCUGGCCCGGGGUCUGUACCCACAGGUGGCCCUGCCCGACCCCCUCAACGGCGCCCGGCGCGACUCCGAGCAGGUGUUCCACACCCGGGCCCAGCAGGGCGUGGCCCUUCAUCCCACCGCAGUCUUCGCCUCCCGCCCGGAGCUGCUGCAGCCCCAGGGGGGCCCAGGUGAGCCCAACCCCCACCACCAACUCGUGGCCUUCGUGUCGCUCCUGGAGACCACCCGGCCCUACCUGCUCACCUGCCUGCGCGUCCCCGCCCUCCAGGUGCUGUUGCUGUGCAGCCGCUCCCUGGACACCUGCGGGCCCCGCCUGGUGGCCGACGGGUGGCUCGAGGUCACCUUUGAGGACGCCCAGGUGAGCCAGCGCCUGCUGGGCGUGGCCGUGCACCUGAGGCUCACCUGGGACCGGCUCCUGGAGCGGCUCCUGAGCGGGGGAGGGGACCGGCCCCGCCCCACCGAGGUGUCGGAGCUCACCUGGGGGCUCCUGGAGUUCCUCGAUGAGCAGGUGCCGUACCAGCUGCGCCAGCUGACGCCGCUGCAGCGCCAGCACCUGUACGUGGGGCCUCACCUGGGCCCCGCCCCCUCCCCUCACCUGCAGCGCCUCUUCCCGGGGACUCACCUGGAGCCCGACCAGGUGAAGGGCGGGACCAAGGUCACCGAGUUCCUCACCUGGGGAUGCCUGGCGAGUGAGCCCGACCUGUUCGGGCCGUGCCUGCGGCGCUUCUGGACCUGCCCCAGGUGUCACCUGCACCUGCCUCUGACGGGCCCCGAGCGCCGCCGCCACCAGGGCACCUGUGGGGCACCUGAGGGCACCGGGGGGUCACCUGAGGGCACCUGCACCGAGGACACCUGUGCCAAGAGCACCUGUGCAGAGGGCACCUGGUCACCACCUGAGGACACCU